CGGCCGGGCCGCCCCGCUGGCCGUGAGGCGGUGUCGGUGGGCGCCGCGGCGGUUCUGGAAGGAUCCCGGCGGCCGGGGCGCGGGGGGGGGGGGGCGCGGGCGCCAUGUCGGGGCUGCUUCACACCUCGCUCAGCGGCCUCAACAGCGACUCCUACUGCGAGAUCAGCCGCUACCGCGACCAGCACUUCCGGGGUAGCAAGAAGCUGCAGGAGAAGUUCCUGAAGAUCUCCUCCACGCUGUACGUGGGCAACCUGUCCUUCUACACCACCGAGGAGCAGAUCCAGGAGCUCUUCUCCAAGUGCGGCGACGUCAAGCGCAUCGUCAUGGGGCUGGACAAGAUCAAGAAGACGCCCUGCGGCUUCUGCUUCGUCGAAUACUACACGAGAGCAGACGCUGAACACGCAAUGCGAUUUAUCAACGGCACACGACUAGACGACCGCAUCGUUCGAACAGACUGGGAUGCAGGGUUUAAGGAGGGCCGACAGUAUGGAAGAGGAAAGACGGGAGGACAGGUGCGAGAUGAGUACCGGACAGACUACGAUGUGGGAAGAGGUGGCUUUGGCAAGAUUAUUCAGAUGCAGAAGGCAAAUCAUCAGCCUGCAGUCUAUUAAUUGCCUCAUAGGUCCUAGCUCGUAGAGGGUUCUGUCCUUCCAGAGCUAGCCCUGUUCUCGCAUUUUGGAUUGGGGUAGGGAGUGAGAUCCAAGUUCCAACAAAAGGUGACCCUCCUUAGACUGUGGAUAUACAUGUGUUCAUUCCCCCUUCCUUCUGGGCUAGAGAAGAUGUUCUGUGCUGAUACAGGGCAACGAGGGAAACAAAUGGACAGCUCUGCAGGAUCCUGGGUAAGAAGAAAUGCAGCAUGGCAACACCUCAUGCUAUGACGUACUCUUCACGUUGCAGCUAAGCAGGUGGCUUCCUCCAAGUCGGGACUGCAGCUGCGGUUGCUCUCAGAUGGAACUUCUUAGGCAUGUGCCACCACUGGAGCCCUCCAAGUGCCAGGGCACCUUGUGGGGUUGCACGAGAGUUGCAAAUUUCUAAUUUACAGCCUCAUCUGCUUACAAAGCAGUAUCACUGUUUGGAUGAGAGAAGCGCAGCAAGGUCUUACUGUCCGCUUGGAGGUGCUUGCCUGCACAUCUAGCCCUUGGGUUGGUCAGGGCCUGCAGAGCCUUUCUCUUUAUGAUGCCCCCAGUGCUGCCUGGCUUUUCAGAUCCUCACUGUUCGGCGUGGUUUUGUUAAAAGUUUCUUUCAAUUUUUUAAAUAAACAGUGAGUCCUGUA